CUAACCAUUCACGUAGUUUGGUUGCGUCUUGGUGCGUUUAAUGUUGCCAAUAAUGAGGGAUUUUUUUUUAGGCGAGUACAGGUCGUGCUGCAAUUAGUUCAUUGAAAACUCAGUUGCUCUCAGAGCGGUCGAGUAAAGACUGUUUUUGGCUUUUUUCUUGCUGACUGUUAAGAUCUCCUAUAGAGAGCUGCAACAAUGCCCAAAAGAAAGAACCUAGGAAUAAGACUGAAAUUCCCUGGUGCUCUGGGGCUGCUGCAGGUCAAGAUGAUAUGAGGCAGGAGCCAAAGAGAAGAUCAGCCAGACUGUCUGCUUUGCCUGUGCCCAUUACACCAGAGUUGAAGUCCAAAAGAACAUCAACUCCAAGGAAAAUGAAGACAAAAAAUAUGAUGGAAAAAAACUCAUAUGUAAGUGCCAAAGCAGUAGCUGAAACCAAGAAAGAAGUUGUUAAAGACGAAUACAACAAUGAAACUGCUGAAAAUGGAGAAGCCAAAAUUAUCGAGGCACCAGCUUCUGGAAAAGAACUUGAGGAAACAAACGAAGAAAAAUUUGAGGAUGUCAAAGAAGAGGAAGGAAAAAAGAGAGAAGCGAUGACAGCAGAAGUAAAAGAAGAUGAAAAAGAAGAUCAGAAAGAAUAUGGAGAAGAUCAAAACGAAGAAGAGAAAGAAAAAGAUGGAAAGCAAGAUAAAGAUGGGAAAGGGAAAGAAGAUGAAAAAGAAGGUGAAGAUGGAAAAGGGAAAGAAAAAGGCAGAAAAGAAGAAGACAAAAAAGAGACAGGAGAUGAAAAAGAGAAUGAAAAUGGAAAGGGGAAAGGAGAAGAUGGCAAAGAGGAAGAAGAUAAAAAAGAGAAAGCAGAUGAAAAAGAGAAUGAAAAUGGAAAGGGGAAAAGAGAUGGCAAAGAAUUGGAAGAUGGAAAAGAUAAAGGAGAAGAUGAAAAAAAGGGAGAAGAUAGAAAAGAGAAAAGAGAUGGAAAAAAGGAUGAAGGUGAAAAAGAAGAUGAAGAUGGAAAAGAGGAUGAAGAUGGAAAUGAGAAGGAAGAUGGAAAAGAGAAAGAAGAUGGAAAACAAGAAGAAGGAAAAGAGGAAGAAAAUAGAAAAGAAGAAAAUGGGAAAGGAGAAGGGAAAGAUGGAGGAGAUGAAAAGGAACAUGAAAGCAAGGCUGAAAUUGGAAAAGAAACAGCUGAAAAAGAAGAGGUCAAAAAAGAAGAGUCCCAGAAUAUUGUUUAAAGCUGCCCUAUAUGGUUUCAUACUUUGGUAAUAUGUACCUCCAUGUUUUAAUGUUAAUAGAGAUGAAUAUUUUUAUCAAAUAUUUUAUAAACACAGCUUUUCUUUAGCAUCAAUUUAAUUUCAAAGCAUCUUCAUACUGAUUAUUAGACACAGAUUUCCUAACAUGAAAUCAUUGUCUAUAAAUUUUGUGAUUAUAAUAAUGGAAUAUAUAGAAAAAAUGUGCUUUCAGCUUGUCAGUGAAUACCCUUUUCGAUAAGUUAUGUGCUAAAUCUUUGAACUUUAAUUUUACUCCUAUAUGUGAUAAUUUCACAAAGUGGAGACAUCCUAAAAGAGUUUCCUCCAACAUUCUUGUGGUUCUCUAGGUUGCUUUUAUAAAGAAGGUGAACUAUUUUCAUGUAAUGCUAAGAGUUAGAAUUAUCUUUCCCAAGUAUAACUUUAAUAUUAUUUUGGGAAAAAAUAAAAUUGUAAUUCCAUUUGUAAAAGAAAUACAAAUGUUUAUUUCAAAGGGGCAGUUCUGAUUAUAUGUGUAUUCACAAAAUU